AUGGACACCCAAAACAACUUUAACAACAACUCCGAUGAUGAUGACGACGAUACUAACAUGCAAGUAUAUUCAAAUGCAGUUGUUCAACAGCAUGUUCAAGCUUUAAGGGAUAUUAUUAUCUGCCCAGAACUUCAAUUAGAAACACACUAUGACCGAAGUUUAACUGCAGCACACAAGUAUUUGGGAGAUGGACUUCAUGAAGCUACUGGACGCACAGUAUAUGAAGAAGGCAUUAUUCAUUCAUUACCAAUUAUUUUUUUAAAGCUAAAUUUGAUGCCUGGACAAAUUUUACCUAUUAUAGCUCGUUCUUCAGAUGUUAAACUAAUAUUGAAAUAUGCCAUAUUCCGUAAUCGUUCAUUUGGAGUUUGCUACAAACUUAAUGAAAAUAAGCGUACAUUUGGAACAAUUGCCGAGGUUUAUGAACAUUCUGUAGAAAUAGAAACUUCUCAGUCAUUUCAAAUUAAAGCUAUGGGCCAUCAGCGGUUUGAAAUUGUACAAGUCAGUAAAUUUCCUGAAAGUCAUGAACAAUCACUUGCUUUGGCUAAAAUCAAAAUCAUACCAGAUAUUACAUUAACUCAUCCGUAUAAUACAUUGUGCUUACAUCCAAAGAAACGUAAUACGAGUCAUGGUGAAAUGUGCCGUAAAAGAGACAUGUGGCAAACUCAGUGGCCAGAUUGGGUUUAUAAACAGUUUGAUGUUUAUGAAUUGGCAUCUCGUCUUUCCAAAAAAGUUAAAAUGUUGUAUAAAGAUGUAAAAAUCUCAGAUGAUCCAUGUUUGUUGUCAUUCCAAGUGACAAGACUUGGUAUAUUCAGUCAAGAACAAGUUAGUGAGUUGCUUGGUAUGGAGUCAACAAACCUACGACUUCAAUACGAACUACAAUAUUGGAAUAAAACUCAAUCAAUGCAAAAAUUCUUGUGUGCUCGACCUGGCUGCAGUGUUCCAGUGUGCAAUAUGAGUAAUGUGUUUCCAAUGUCUCCUGAAGGACCACAGGGUGCUUAUUGUAACUCUUGGGGGAUAAUCCAUGAAAUGAUAACUGUAACCGAACUGGACAAUGAUUUAGACGUGAUAUCAGUAGGAAGUCCGUCAACUGAAUGCUGCUGGUUCCCUGGAUAUAAAUGGACAAUAAUUUUGUGCCCAAACUGUCAAAGCCAUUUGGGUUGGAGUUAUUUGGCUGAUGAAAAUUUGACAUUAACGCCAAGACUAUUCUAUGGAUUAACUAUACGCGCCAUAACAUCUAUUAAAAACUACUUAGUGCCAGACAGAGAAAGACUUGAGGAAAUCAAUGAUGGAGAAAUGAUGUUCGCCCCUCCAGCAGAAGCCCCAACGGCUCCACCCCUAGCCGCAGUGGCUUCCCCUCAAGUGCGUGCCCAAACAGACAUGAAUCCUGCCUCGAGACCUAUAGGCCUUUCCACCCCCUUGAUGCUAGGCCAGCUUCUCCUCGACUUCGGUCGACUAGACUCUACCUGCCGACGCCACGACCUAGUUGUGAACGUCGAUUGCCUAGUCUCUGUGGCCCAGGCGACUUAUCAGCAGCUAGAACAGCUGUCCGCGAUAGCUCUGCCAAUGGAAGAACUCAGCUUUGUCAGGAUGUGGAGAACCCUAAUCCUCAAGCGAGUACAGGAUAUUUUCGAACUGGAGAAACACCGAUGUGCCGAGCACUUCAUCCGCGUGAUGCCGAAUCUCCCCGUUCCAGCACCUCUAGCCGAUCUCCUAUACUCACUAGGUCAACUUCACAGUCGUGCACUCGGAACUGUGUUUGACAUGAUUCCACCAGAGCGUCCUGCCAUGCCACAACUGUGGUGGACACUAGACAAUCAGAUAUUAGAUCACUGGUGUCUUCUCACAGCGAGGAUGAGUACUCUUUACAUGAUGAAAGAGUUCCCAGCCAAGAAUGACUUUAAAGACCGAGCCAUAGGUAUGACGUCGAUACAAGACCAUGCCAACAUCCGCUCAGUUAAGUCUUUAACCAACGAGCCAACCUCAGCCGAUGGUUUCAUUCGCUUCGUUAACGAUGAAUUGUUUACGAAUCCAUUCCCGUUUGUCAACUCUAACUUGCGAUUCGUUGAAGGCCUCGAAAGAGAGUCAAUUCUUCGUACUUACGUCGGAGUGUAUGUAACUGGAACAAACUCAUAA